AUGGUGGCCAUGAUGCUCUGGGUGGCACUCAGCCUGUGUGGCUGGCUCUGCCUCUACGCCUGGUCCUGCCAUCAUUACCACGGGCGCGGCUGCGAAUGGAGCUGCCGAUUGGUCACACUGACCCAUGGGGUCUUUGCCACCUGCCUCUCUGGCUACAUUGGGUUUAUCGAUGGUCCCUGGCCCAUGACUUACCCAGGGUUCCCAAAUACAGUACUUCAGCAGGACGAGGCCCGCUGGUUCCUGCGGGAAAAGGGGCUGUACCCCAGCUUGAUAGGCGAUGUGGUGGACUUCCUCUUUGUGGUGCUUUUUGCUGGCGUGAGGAUCGGGGUUGGGGCUUGGCUGAUGUACUGCGUGCUGUUGUCCCCCAGGCCCAGGGUCUUCAUCAAGGUUGGAGGUCUCAUAAUGUAUGCAGUAUCUUGCUUUUUCAUGGUAAGCAUUUUCCGAUUUGCCCGGCGCAAAACCAUGAAGAAAUAUCACGCGUGGAAGGCAUGGUGGAACAAAGAGGUGGACUUGAACACCAAUGGAUAUCUCAAGAGUCACUGA